AUGUACAUUAGAGGAUGGAUUGAAGGUUGGCAGCUCGUGUAUUGCUUCCAACUUACCUUCAGCAGCAUCGUCUUCAUUGACAUCCUCUCUAUUGGAACCUUCUUCAUCGGCAUCGUCUUCAUCGUCAUCGUCUUCAUCGUCAUCAUCUUCAUCGGCAUCGUCUUCAUCAGCACCGUCUUCAUCAGCAUCGUCUUCAUCGGCAUCGUCUUCAUUUGCAUCGUCUUCAUCGGCAUCGCCUUCAUCCGAAGCUUCUCUAUCUACCGCAUCGGCAACAUCGGAUUCAAUCUUUAG